AUGAAAUCUGCAAAAAUUGUAUGUCAUGCAACUUUAGCAGCUGCACACUUUCUCUUCACGUCUGAUUUGAUAAAUGCUGAUGAAGUUGAGUUCUCGACACUAUCAGGAAUAUUAACUGCAAAAAGGGUGUCAAAGGCCGGAAAGUUAGAUUCAUCGGCCCUCCAGAACGGUGAAGCACAAGGUAGCUUCUUCAUUGAAUUGGAUUUUCCAGUUGUGCCAACAAUUGACUUUAACUGUGCUGAGGUUGCCGCAAUAUCUAAAAGCUUGAAUGGUGCUUCUGUAAUUGACAUAAAGAAGACCGCCAAAGAUGACCUCUUUGUUGUGCUCCCAUCAGGGGAGGCAGUUGAAGAAAUACAGCCGCAGUUUGAUGAGAUUGAAAAGUGUGCUGGAAGGGAAUGA